UUUUAUACGGGCUGGCAUAAUUGAGUCCGGCGUUGUUUUUUUACUUGGCGAUGGCAAUUCUGAGCAGAGCACGGCUGCCUCUUGCCCAGGGAAAUUAGGGCUCAAGCAAGGACAAUCUUCAAUUCAUCCGCUCAUCCGUACGGGCAAGUCUUAUCAUAUAUACACACUGUUUGCGAAUAUUUAUAUUUGACCGCUGGAAUAGUCGGGAUUUGCUUGCUUUACUGUUUCCUUAAAUAAACGAAUCAAGCUGUUCUGAGCUUCCCGAGUUUGUGCAGUCGUGAAUCUAAUCUAAUCACAGAGAGAGAGAGAGAGAGAGAGAGAGAGAGAUGUCAACACCCUCGGCAAGAUUCAUCCUGAGAAAUAUCUACCAGUUCCGUCAAAUCCCUCCAAAACCCUCGAAAAACUUAAAUACCUCUAGUGGCAUAUCUCAGCUUCUCUCUCCAUGGAUUUCGCCUUGCCAGAGAACGCGAACUUACUUCUCAUCAUCGUCUAGAAUCUUCCAGAACCCGGCAAAUCGAUUGAGCCCCCAAUCCGAUUUGUUGCUGAACAGAAGCUUUCUGGGUUUUAGGUACUUCAGUUUCAAGAGUUCGGGAUUGGGCAGUAAAAUUAAUGGGAACUUUGGUAAGAAUGUGGUCAAGAAUCCCGCCGCGGCGGUCCGGGAUGCGUUGGCGCGGUACCGCGAGGCGGUUGGACUGCAAGUUGAGGCUUUCUGGAAGCGGAAUUCGCUGGUUUUGUUGGGCGGAGUAGGGGUUUUGACCUGCAUUUUGCUGUGGAGGAUUUUGUUUGGGAUUGCCAACCUGUUUGUUGGGAUAUCUGAGGGCCUGGCCAAGUAUGGGUUUCUUGCUCUUUCCAGUGCUAUUGUGGCAUUCACUGGCUUGUAUCUCCGUUCAAUCACAGUCAAUCCUGAUAAAGUUUAUAGAAUGGCCAUGACGAGGCUUAAUACAAAUGCUGGAAUUCUUGAGGUUAUGGGUGCUCCUCUUUCAGGGACUGAUUUGAGAGCAUAUGUUAUGUCAGGAGGAGGAAUCAUGAUAAAGAAUUUCAAGCCAAGUUUACGAAGCAAAAGAUGUUUUCUUAUAUUCCCUAUACGAGGUUCUGAGAGAAAAGGUCUAGUGAGUGUUGAAGUGAAGAAUAAAAAGGGCCAGUACAAUAUGAAGUUAUUGGCUGUGGAUAUCCCCAUGGUAACAGGGCCUGACCAGCGUCUGUUUCUUAUUGGGAACGAAGAUGAAUACAGGAUUGGAGGUGGACUGAUUUCUGAACUCAGAGAUCCUGUUGUGAAAGCAAUGGCGGCAACUAAAGAGUUUGAAGAACGCGAUGAAAAGGAGGAUGAGGAAGAUGCUGAAAGAGAACUUCAGGAGGCAGAAAAGAGGCACCAAGAAGAAAUUGAAAAACUUGAAAAAGGUAGCUAGUUUCACAGGGACAGGAACCACUUUCGACACAUUUGUUUCUUCUUUUCCUGUUUUUUUUCCUUUUUCUGGUGAUCUUUAAUGAAGACUAGAGGUCUUCACCGUGCAAAGAUCAAUGUAUGGUUGCAUCUUCAUUGAAUUUCCAAAGGUUUGUUUACCUUUUCCUCUGCUGCUGGCUAAUUUUGUGACAUUAAAUUCCUGAAUAGCACAUUUUUGAAUUGCUCCUAGGCUGGCACUGACAGUCUGCUGUUGAUGAUCAA